UUCCUUACACCAAACACUUUUGACGGAAUCCGCUGCAGAAGAGGCUUGCGGUAACCCCACACCACAUCCACCUCUCUAGCAACUUCGGCGAAUCGCGUUUGGGGAGUCUAGGGCGGGCAUAUGACCUGUAAUAUGAUCGCACCGCUGCACGAACAGAUCGCUUUGACUGGGCUGGCGCUAAAGCCGCCGCGUAGACUCCAUUCUACCGCCACACCCUCGUGAUCGGGCUCGACUCAUCCGACGUCAGAUCGCAUUCCACUACAUCCAAUUAAUCUCCCUCUGUUCCGACACCGCAUUUCUUUAGAGCAACAUAAUCAUCUCCCUCUUUUCUCGCUGCUUCUGCGGUCGCCGCUCGCCAUCAUGGCGGGCAGGGUGUUUCCGUACCUCGACCUCGUCAUCGCCUUCAUCGCCGCGUCCUUUGCCUUUGAGACCUUCCUGGACCUCCGCCAGUUCUCAGCGCUGCUGCGCCCCUCCCUGCCGCCCGCCCUGGACGGCAUAGUGAGCCAGGAGAAGUUCGUCAAGGCGCGCGCCUACAGCCUGGACAAGGCCCGGCUGGGGUUCGUGCGGGGGGCGGUGGACUUCUGCGUGGAGCUGCUCACUCUGAAGUUCCUCGUCUUGCCGUGGCUGUGGGAGCUGUGCGCGUUGGACUACCAGCUGCCAUGGCUGUGGGGCAUCAACGGUCGCAAUGAGAUAGAGCACUCCAUCCUCUUCCUGUUCGCCUCCUCGCUCAUCUCCCAGGUGGUAGAUCUGCCCUUCGGCCUCUACUCCACCUUUGUCAUCGAGCACCGGCACGGGUUCAACAAGCAAACCCUAUUCGGAUUCAUCAAGGACCGCAUCCUCGGCAUCGCGCUCAUGGUUGUCAUCCUUCCACCGGUGCUGGCAGCGGUGAUUCGAAUUGUGCAGGUCGGGGGCAAUCUAGUGGCGGUGUACCUCUGGCUCUUCAUGCUCGCCUUCUCUCUCUUCAUGCUCACCAUCUAUCCGGUCGCCAUCGCUCCCCUCUUCAACAAGUUUGUGCCUCUCGAGGCAGGCACGCUGAGGACCAAGAUAGAGGGCCUGGCAGGGUCGCUGAGCUACCCUCUCAAGAAGAUUUUUGUUAUGGACGGGUCACAGCGAUCGGCACACAGCAAUGCCUAUCUGUAUGGUUUUUUCAAGAACAAGCGCAUUGUGCUCUACGAUACCCUGCUGUCGCAUUGCAAGGACGACGAGGAGGAGGUGGUGGCGGUGAUAGCCCACGAGCUGGGCCACUGGAAGCUGGGCCACACCAUCCGCUUCUUCCUGCUCUCUCAGGCCCUGCUGCUCAUCCAGUGCUCAGGGUUCAUCUUCGUGCGAUCCCAGCCGGACAUCUUCCGCUCAUUUGGCUUUAAGGAGGAGCCAGUGAUCAUCGCCAUCCUCCUCUUCCAGCAUCUGUCCACACCCGUCUCCCACCUUCUUGACUUCGGACUCAACAUCAUCAGCCGAACUUUCGAAUACCAGGCGGAUGCAUUUGCGGUGAAGAUGGGGUAUGCACCAAAGCUGCGAUCGGGACUCAUCAAGAUGCAGGAGGAGAAUCUAUCGGCAAUGAACACAGACCCCUGGUACUCCGCCUACCACCACUCGCACCCGUGCUUGCCUGAGAGGCUUGCCACCAUCGAUGCUGAGGCCAAGAGAGUGGGCAAGAAGGAAGAGUAAGGGCAAGAAGGAAGAGUAAGGGCCAGGGUGAUGGUGCUCCGCCUGCCAUCACUCACACUCCUGCCUGACUGAGACGCUGCCACCAUCGAUGCUGCUUCAGAGGCUAAGAGAGUGGACGAGAAGGACUAGCGUUUCAGUUACAGUGACUUCUUCAGAAUGGGUGUGCUCGCACAUCAUCUGUCCAGUCGAAUAGCCUCAAGAAAAGCGGAUGUAUAUUGUCGAACAGGUUGCACAAGGGCAAUUGGGGAGAAGGAUACGUAGAUGACCUGUGAGAUGCGAUGCCACUUGAAAAGGUGAUCGUCCUGGACAUCACACACAGUGCAGCAAUGAAAGUUCCAAUGUUUUCCAUCAGUGUCA